AUGAUGUUCCCCAGCCUCAUCGCCCCCCCGGCCGUCUACCCAAGCCUCCUGCGGCCGACCCCCACCCUCACCUUGCCUCAGUCGCUGCAGUCAGCUUUUUCCAGCCAUUCCAGCUUCCUGGUGGAAGAUUUGAUCCGGAUCAGCAGGCCCACCGGUUACCUGCCCAGGACUGGCCCCCCGCCCAGCAUGUCCCCCCCGACCUCGGCCACCAGGACAGACUCCGGGACGCCGGAGCUCGCCAGCUCCACCACCGCCGCCGGCUCCAGAAGGAUCUGUUCGCCACAGACAUCCAGCAGCGAAUCCACUUUCCUGAAGUUUGGGGUCAACGCCAUCCUCUCCUCCGCCCCCCGCACCGAAACGUCCCCUGCGUUGCUUCAGAGCGUCCCUCCCAAGACUUUCUCCUUUCCGUACUUUGAAGGAUCCUUCCAGCCCUUUAUCAGAUCUUCCUAUUUCCCAGCCACCUCUGCCGUGGUCCCCAUCCCCGGCACCUUCUCCUGGCCGCUGGCCGCCCGUGGCAAGCCCCGCCGUGGCAUGCUACGUCGCGCCGUUUUCUCUGACGUGCAACGCAAGGCACUGGAGAAGAUGUUCCAGAAGCAGAAGUACAUCAGCAAACCCGACAGGAAGAAGUUGGCAGCCAAGCUGGGCCUCAAGGACUCGCAGGUGAAGAUCUGGUUCCAGAACAGGAGGAUGAAGUGGAGAAACUCGAAAGAAAGAGAGCUCCUCUCUUCUGGUGGCUGCAGAGAACAGACCCUACCGACCAAGUUCAACCCUCACCCAGACCUCAGUGACGUAGGGAAGAAGUGUUCAGGAGAGGAGGAGGAGGAGGAGGUUCCCCCCGUGUGCCCACCCAGCCCCCGGCAUCCCUUAACCUACCACCAGUCCCCAGAACAUCUGCACUUGAGGGACAGACUGGACUCCCAGAUGUCUCCUUCUCCAUCCCAUUCUAGCAGCCCCAGCAAACCUUCAGACUUCUCAGACUCAGAGGAAGAGGAUGAUGAAGGGGAAGAGGAAGAGGAGGAAAUAACAGUCUCUUAG